CUAUUGUUUUUGCAGGAGGCGUUUUCUCUUCAAACUAUUUUAUUUUUCGUUUAUUUUUUGUGUACUAUAAAUGGCGUUCAGAAUUGAAAACAAUAAAUUGUUUUUACAGCAAGUAGAUGAGGGUCUCUCUGUUUUGUACUUUUACAAUAGUAAAGACGGCGGAGCCACAUCAACCUCCGUGUUUCGCAACGCUUCCAUCAGUCUCAUUCGCAAUGCCAAACGCUAUACAUCUUGCUGGAGGCAGUUUACGUUUGACAGCAGCAAUAUUACCGUACCAUUCACUACUAAUGGAGUCAGCGAUUUGCCAGAGUACCUCAACAAGGCAGUGGCAGCUUUUUCAAAAGAUAAAUGGUCGCUUAUGCUGCCAGAUCUGCUGCAUGGUAUUUUGGCCAGCAAGUUUUCCUUUGUGACUUGUGCAAUGCCUGCGCGCGUGUUGAAGCCCCUUCCCCAAUUGCCACUGACUAAUACCACUGUGUCUCCACAAAACAUUAAGGCUUUGCCUAUACAGACUAAAAUACCGCGACACCACAAACUGCAACUGCUGCAUCACCUCAAGUGUCAUCCGACUGCUGCGUAAUAUUAUAACUUUUAUUAGUUUUGGAAUUAUAUUGUAAUAUCAAAUGUG